AUGAGAAUAUCAACUCUGAUAGUACUGUUAUUCCUACCAUUUUUAUCUCUCUGUUUAUGUGUGUCUCCUUUAUCCCUAUCAGAUACAGAAAUUUGGUCAUUACCACUUAAACCACCCAAACAUCAUCGAAAUAAAUAUCCGCUCUGUUCAACAAAUGCUGAAUGUUUCAAGAAGGGUUUACCACCUUUAAAACCUAGAUCAAAAACGAAAAGACAUGAACUGAAAGCUCGUCAAUCUGCUAGUGCAACAACGGUGAAUGGUAUUAUACAAGUUCUCAACUCCUCUGGAACGCCUAUAGGUUACGUUUCAGGUACUGUCAACUCGACUUAUGGAGGAUAUGGAAUGACAAGUUCAGCAGCCAAUGCGAUGUCGGUAUCGUUCAGUCCCAAUGGUAAUUCCCCUGUAACAUAUACACUUUCUUCUUCUCAACGACCUUCAGGUUUCCCUUACCUAGGAGCUGUAUAUGGUGGAGGAACAAGCGCAAUGAAUUUUGCUUCUACCGAUUACUCGUAUGCUUUCGUCACCGCAGUCAAUACAGUCAUUCCUGUAGGACCAGCGGUAGCUUCUGCAUCUAACAACCGAUUCAAUAGUGCAAAAGGAACUGAAACGUCUUUGUUUACGUAUAAUUCAGCCAGUGGCAAUAUAGCUGCCACAUGGACGAAUACAAACAGUGCUGCAGUCAGCGCUACCAUCAUCUAUGAUGUUAAAUUCGCCUUGUUUUACCUGAUAAGUAAUUUCUCAGCCUUUCAAAAGCAAUUCCCGAAUGAAGGUGAAUAUGUGGUUACAUGGAAGUUGAUACCACAGUAG